GAGGAUUGCUUAAGGCCUGCCUGGGCAACAUAGCAAGACCCUGUCUCUAAGAAAAACAACAUUGGAAAGUAUUUAAAAUCGUUGCCAUUCGUGAGAUUCUGUAAUUAAUACAAAAUGGAAGAUGUAUCAUUUUUCUUUUCUUAUCCAGAGAAGGACUUUCUAGAGUUCUCCUAAAUUCAGCAGAACAACAGGACAGGACAUCCAAAUUCUAUCUCAAAGGAGUAUAGUGACCAUAAUGAUAGUGUGUCAGAAUUUUAGCAAGGCAUUUAUUAAGUCUCAGGAUAAUCGAGUGGGCGAGAUGGAGGAAUUUGCCAAAUUGUGGUAGGAUUAGAUGGAGUCAUGAGUUUCAGCAUCUAUGUCUAGAGAGGUUUGAUUUAUGGACACUACUUACGGCUGGAAUUCUGGUGAUCUAAACUGGGGUUUCAUCACUUUCUUUAUACAGUUUAUGUAUUUGAAACCUUACCUAGAAGGUUUGCUUAUUGGAUUUGGUGCCUUUAUGAAGUAAAGCAAGAGUCAUUUGGUUGAUGAUUGCCAGAAUGCUAAAACAGCUCACUGUGUUUGCUCAGUGCUGUUUAAUGAAAUGGGAGAAGCAUAUAUAAAUGUGAGAAACUGCACUUGGGUCCAAAAAAAUCAACUAUACCUAUUGGGGGAGGGUGGAGAUGUGACCUCACAGGAGUUCCUGUAAUAAAAAGAUUUGAUAUUUCAAUCACCUGUCAGUGGUGUGGCCAAGAAAGCUGUGAGAAAUACUGAUGUGACCUGCGUUAGUGUGUUGUAUUAGGAAAAUGCAAAAUCUAGAAUGAGAAAGGUUGCAUCACUGGUAGGCUUGUACCUGGAAUAUUAGGUUUACAUCUAGGUGUGCUAAGAGUAAAUUUAUGGUCAGAAAUCAAAAGUCCGAAGAUAUGGUGGUAUUGCUUUGGCAUGAAUGAUUAUUUUUCUCAUUGUCAUUUCAGACUUUCAGGUAUACGCUGGGUCAUUGGUCUUAAAACAUUUCUGUUUGAGAGUUUCUGGAAGACUGGGGGAGUCUAUUAGAUCUUAUGUCCUUUUAAGUUGGCACCUGAAACUUUUCAUCAUAGAUUUAAAUAGUGUACACUGAAUAGUUCCUUCUCUUCACAGUGGUCUCACAUCUGAAACAUGGCUACAGAUUGGCUGGGAAGUAUUGUGUCCAUCAAUUGUGGAGAUAGCUUGGGUGUCUAUCAGGGAAGAGUGUCAGCUGUGGAUCAGGUCAGCCAGACCAUCUCCCUCACCCGGCCUUUCCAUAAUGGAGUGAAGUGUCUUGUUCCAGAAGUCACCUUCCGGGCAGGUGACAUUACGGAGUUAAAAAUUCUGGAGAUACCAGGACCUGGGGACAACCAACAUUUUGGAGACCUUCAUCAGACAGAAUUAGGCCCCUCUGGUGUUGGCUGCCAAGUGGGCAUCAAUCAGAAUGGCACAGGCAAGUUGGUCAAGAAGCCAGCCUCUUCCAGCAGUGCCCCUCAGAAUAUCCCUAAGAGGACAGAUGUGAAGAGCCAAGAUGCUGCCGUUUCCCCCCAGCAGCAACAGUGCUCAAAGAGCUAUGUCGACAGGCACAUGGAAUCCUUGAGUCAGUCCAAAAGUUUCCGUCGUCGACACAACUCCUGGUCAUCUAGUAGCAGGCACCCAAAUCAGGCAACUCCAAAGAAAAGUGGUUUAAAGAAUGGCCAGAUGAAGAAUAAAGAUGACGAGUGCUUCGGGGAUGAUAUUGAAGAGAUCCCAGACACAGAUUUUGAUUUUGAAGGGAACCUAGCUCUUUUUGACAAGGCAGCUGUGUUUGAGGAGAUCGAUACCUAUGAAAGGAGAAGUGGUACCCGUUCCCGGGGCAUCCCAAAUGAAAGGCCUACUCGGUACCGCCAUGAUGAGAACAUCCUGGAGUCAGAGCCCAUUGUCUACCGACGGAUCACCGUGCCCCACAAUGUGAGCAAGGAGUUCUGCACGGACUCUGGCCUGGUUGUCCCAAGUGUUUCCUAUGAGCUGCAUAAAAAGCUGUUGUCCGUGGCUGAGAAGCAUGGGCUGACCCUGGAGCGGAGACUGGAAAUGACAGGCGUGUGUGCCAGUCAGAUGGCACUGACCCUUCUUGGAGGACCCAACAGGUUGAAUCCCAAAAAUGUUCACCAGAGGCCUACAGUGGCUCUGCUGUGUGGACCUCACGUGAAGGGGGCUCAGGGUAUCAGCUGUGGAAGGCACCUAGCCAACCAUGAUGUCCAGGUCAUCCUUUUCCUGCCUAACUUCGUCAAGAUGCUGGAAUCUAUCACCAAUGAGCUGUCGCUCUUCAGCAAGACCCAAGGCCAACAAGUGUCUAGCCUCAAAGAUCUGCCCACUAGCCCUGUGGACUUGGUCAUCAACUGCCUGGAUUGCCCCGAGAACGUCUUCCUGCGGGAUCAGCCCUGGUACAAGGCAGCUGUGGCUUGGGCCAACCAGAACCGGGCACCAGUACUCAGCAUAGACCCUCCGGUGCAUGAAGUUGAACAGGGCAUUGAUGCCAAAUGGUCACUGGCACUGGGCCUGCCUCUGCCACUGGGGGAGCACGCAGGCCGUAUCUAUCUGUGUGACAUUGGCAUUCCCCAGCAGGUCUUCCAGGAGGUGGGCAUCAACUACCACUCGCCCUUUGGCUGCAAGUUUGUCAUCCCACUGCACUCUGCCUAGAGGGUUCCUGCACAGGCAGGACUCUGCUGUCCCCUGCUGUUCCUGAGGACAAACGCCUUAAGGAUUUGAAGCUUCAUGGACCUUGUUGUUAAAAGUUUUUCUCUCUUGGGUUUGAUUCUUCUGUGAGAGAACAGAACUUACUUAAAACUGACCUGUCACUUGCCCUGAGCCAGGGAAGUCUUUCCCACUGGGUUCCGGGCACACGGCGGGCUGAGUGUGCAGCCCCUCCAGGCCAUCUCUACCCUCAGCCCCCUGCACGCCAGGCGGGCCUUUGUUUACAGACGUAGGCAGCUCUCAGACUGUGUUUCAGGUUUACAGCCACUGGGCCUGGGCACACACAUUGAGGAGUGGGCCAGGUCCUGUCUGGGGGCCUGUACCUGCUCUUAUUUCAGAGCUUGUGGCUUUGUGUCUCCCCUGCUUUCCCCACGCAGACAGCCCUUCCUCUAAUCACGCAGAACCAGCUGCGCGGCAGCUGUCCACCAGAGGGCAGACCUGCGCUCUCCAUUCAUUUCCAGGUCUGUGACAGACCAGGUCUUCCCUUACCUACAUCAGAAGUUGAUUUGGGGGCUUCUGACCCUUUCUCCUGAGCUGAUACAAGUUUUAUGCUGAUUUUUCCAAGGAUUCCUCCCUCCUUUCCCCUCCAUCACUCAGAGGUAGGGAAGGGACGGCAUUAGGAUGGUGUUUCUGUGUUGGGAUUUUAUGUUCUGUCGUCUUCAGCACAGGUAGUAUAAGGUUAUAUUACUGUAGAACCACAGUGCCCAUCUUGCCAGCAGUGCCCGCCCCCACCCCCAAAGCUGAGCAGGCCGAGACUUUGCCUAGUCUGGGGCCAGACCCUUCAGAUGGGGAUAUCCCUGGGGGAGCCUGGUGCUGAGCCAGAAGAGGCUUCCUGGUGCUUCUGUUCUAGGCUACCACUCCCCCACCUCUUUGCCUGCACAUACAUGCUCCACCUACUCUUUCGUCCCCUCUGCCCUUCCUCUGAAAUGGUCCUUUGCAGCUAUCAUUCCCAGAGCAGGGUGCAUGGGCUCCCUUGCUUGGACUCCACCCAGCUCUUAAAACAUCUGGGCUUUGAACCCUUUACAGUUGUCCAGUCUAGAUGGGUAGGCUUGAGGCCAGCACCCUGUCUCAAAGAUGGCAAAAUGAGGCCAGUUCUGGAUGAGCUAGCUGGUGUGGGGUCCAACCAUAGGAACUUCAGAUCCUAAGGCGCUGAGCCCCAGGGCCUUCCCAGGCCUAGGCCCUGGAGGCUGGUGGAACAGGAGCUAUGCCUGGAACCCUGGCAGGGAUCCCUGCCAAGGACUUGUGCUUAAGCCUGCUUUGGGGCUUUGGGCUUCUGCUGUGUUUGCCCAGAGUGGCUGAGCAGGUGGAUGGGUGGACAGGGGCUCACCAAGGAUUGUGGACACAGGGUAGGCCCUGGUGCCAUAGGUUUCAGGCUGCUAUCACUUUUCUUGUAGGAGCAUAGCCAGAAGCAGAUGAGCCAGGGUAGAGGGCUGGCCCCUCCUCUUAUCUUCCCAUGAGUGUUAAAUUGUCUCCAGUGGUGGGAAGAGGCCAGGGCACUAUAAGCCUCAUGCUGUGUAUUUGAGCCUCUUCUCACUCUUAGGGCCAAGCAGCCCCCAGGCUGGGGCCCUCUCUUUAGAGGCAGGGCCACAAUAUGAGGCGCAGUCUAGGUUGCAGGCAUAGGCAGGUUCUGGCUGCCUGUUAAUACAGUUAGGCCUCCUGAGUAGGAACAGUGAGAAACAAGCUAGAACAACCCUGGCCCAGGAGACUGCUCUCUCCAGCAAGAUCCAGGGAUGCCAGCCUUAAGGGGCCACUGGGAGUUUGUACCCAAGCUUCUCACUCCUCUCUCCCCAGGGGGCAUUGGGACUUGUCCCUUCCCUCAUCCUCAGCCUGGGCCUUCCACAGAGGUAUUAAAGAGAAGUAUGAUUCCUGUCUUCAGUUCUUUUCAGGGGCAUCCUGCCUAUAGUACCCAGUUCCCAAGGAGCCCCCAGUCACGUGGUGAAGCCUAGCACUCAUGCAGCUCUUAGGGAACCAAAAACCAGCACUGAAAUAAAGCUGAGUGACUGAGUCCU